UCAUUCAUUAUUGGUUUUUGGACCGGAUAGGACGCGGAGAAACGUGGAAAAAAGUGGUUUCUAAAAUAUUUAUCAGAGAAUAGAUUCUUUAAGUGCUGCUGUAGAACGUGAAAAGUGACAACACAGCGAGAAUGGAGCUUUCAGGUGGAAAUGAGACAAACACCAGACCGGAAAGCAAUUUCAAAAUUAAUAUCUGGAAUAGUGGGGAAAAAUCCAUUUUCAUGGCUGCCGAUUUGAAGCAAAUGUCAGACCUUGAAGCUGAAGUUGUUUUGCAUGAUCCUGAGCUAAAUUUUGGGGAUCUUACAAUCUACUAUUAUGCUCGGAAUGGGGAUAAAAUACAGAUCGCCAAUGCAAGUGACUUUGACAGAUUCUUGGUAACACGUUUCAAUCAGAACAUCUAUCUGUCAUGUGGAAAUGGAGAUGCUCGUGAACAUGUGACCGAAAAUUUCCCGUUGAAGCGGACCACCUCGGAAAUUAGUAUCAUCAGCUUGGACUCCUGCAAUAGUAUCGAGUCCAGCACAAGCUUGGACUCUUGGAUUAUCGUGGAUUCAUGUACAAGCAUGGAAUGUUCAAAAGGCUUGGAUUCUUCAACAGGAUUGGAUGUUGAUAAUUCAACUCAUCUGGAUUCUUCAACGAGACUGAAUUCUCCAUCAAACUCAGAUUCUUACACACGCGCGGAUUAUCCAGAAAACGUAGAUGUGGUCUUGGUUUCUUCAAAACUCUUUGAUUCUUCAACAGGAUUGGAUUUGGAUAAUUCAAUACAUUUAGAUUGUUCAACAAGAUUGAGUGUGGAUUCUUCAAGGAGCCUGAACUCUCCAACAAACGCAGAUUCUUCCACACGGUGGGAUUAUCCAGAAUGCCAGAAUUUUUCAGCAAACGCAGAUUCUUAUACACGCGCGGAUUAUCCAGAAACUUUAGAUGUGGUCUUGGUUUCUUCAAAACUCUUGGAUUCUUCAACAGGAUUGGAUUCGGAUUUAGAUUGUUCAACAAGAUUGAGUGUGGAUUCUUCAAGGUGCCUGAACUCCCCAACCAACGCUGAUUCUUCCACACGGUGGGAUUAUCCAGAAAGCCAAGAUGUGGUCUUGGUUUCUUCAACAGGAUUAGAUUUUGAUAAUUCAACUCAUCUGGAUUCUUCAACGAGACUGAAUUCUCCAGCAAACGCAGAUUCUUAUACACGCGCGGAUUAUCCAGAAAGCUUAGAUUUGGUCUUGGUUUCUUCAAAAGGUUUGGAUUCUUUAACAGGAUUGGAUUUGGAUAAUUCAAUACAUUUGGAGUCUUCAACAAGAUUGAUUGUGGAUUUUGCAACGAGCCUAAAUUCUCCAACAAAUGCAGAUUCUUACAAACGCUCAGAGUAUGCAGAAAGCUUAGAUGUGGUGUUGGGGUCUUCAAAAGACUUGCAUUCUUUUUCUUCAAAGAGUUUGGAUCCUUUAACAAGUUUUGGUUUGGAUUUUUCAACGAGUUUGAGGUCUCCAACAAACAUGGAUUCUUCGACAAGAUUUAAUUUUUCAACAACAGUUGGCCCGGAGUCUUCAACAAGUUCAGAUUCUCUAACAAGCGCGAUUUCUCCGCCAACAUUUGAUUUUUCUAAAAGAGUUGGUCUGGAUUCGUCAACAGACCUAAACGCUCGAAGAAGCGUGAAUAUUUCAACAAGCAUGCAUUCUCCAACAAGUUUAGAUUUGGUCUCAGGUUGUUUGACAAGGUUGGAUGUGGAUUCUUCAACAAGCCUAAAUUCUUUAAGAAACUCUUCUACAAGCCUGAUCGCUGCCUCAAGACCGGAUUCUUGGACUACCUUGAGUUCUUCCAUAAGCGACGACUCUUCUGCAAGCUUCGAUGAUUCCAAAAGCUUCGAUUGCCCUACAAACUUUAAUUCGACAUAUAAUCAGACGAGAACGGAGUCGAUUGACUGGACCCUAAGAGACAUUUUGUCUUGUUUAUAUGUUGGCGCGAUAACUAUCUUAUUAUUAUUCUUUGCAGGAUAUUCUAUUGUGAAUACUGUGAGAAACUUGCAAACAGGAUCGGAUUCUAAAAAUGCUGAGAACCAAUUACGUGAAUGGACUGAAUAUAAGAAUAUUGCUCGAAAGUAUUGCUCCAGUCAUCCCUCUACAUCGGAAGUAUGUCAGAGCAUAAUUUUCGAUUUUCUCUCUUUUAUGUCAAAACAUUUUUCAAUAAAUAAAGCUUAGUGCAU